CUCAUAAGCAUUUGGCACGCCAACUUGAAGUAAUGUCAAACUGAUCUUACUUAAUCUGUAGAGGGUCUUUAUAAACUGUCAGUAAAUCAAGAAAUAAGGGAAAUACCAGUAGCAAAACCAGCUCAACCUCAUACACCGAAUUUAAAGCAUAAAAAUACCGUGUUGUAUUGUAUCUUAAGACUAGCCGAAGCAAAUCUGCUUAUGACAUAUUUAGUACAAAGCAAAUCUUUAUCACUAUACAAGAUUAAGUGAUGAAUAACAUGUCUUGGAAGUCAAAUAUAGACAGUUAAUAACUUGUUAUCAAUGAUUGAAUAUUGAAUGCAUAUAGCAACCUGCACCAAAAUAGUAUCCGGAUAAAUUAAAAUGACCUCAUAAUCACAUGUAGUAGUACCUAUAUAUAGGACAAGUGCUCUUCAGAAGACAUGUAGAAAAGGACAUAUCCAAACUGGUAGGGCAGAUAUGUCAGGAUUGACAGCAGGAAAUGAACCAAUCUUGAUUGAAGUAUAUAUAUUGAGGGGGGGGAGAUAAUUUACAAAGCCCAAUUUUUACAUAGAGAACUGGGGAAGAGUGGAACUGUAAAAUAAGCCUAGAGCCACUGCCACUGCCAUUUCCUUCAAUUUGGCAACAAUAGAAGUUAGAGAAGCAGCAACCAAACAACAAAGGCUCCCAAAAUAUGCCUCAUGAGUACAUGUAUCUUCAGUCUGAAAACUGAAAAGAUAGAGUAGCAAAAACAAUAAUAGACGUACGCGGUUUUGAGCCAAAAAACUAUGUGCUAUGCCACAAAUGAAUUGUUAAUUCAAGAAAAAAUCUUCCAUCUUACAGCAUCAAGUUGGGGAGCAAACAAAGUUUUGUGCUACAAUAAUGUAAAGCAAUUGAGUCCACUGUCAUGCUUUGUUAGAGCGAAUUUCGGUCCCACAUUAUUGGGAUAUACUACAAACAAAUCAACUGUCUCCUCUGAUCAAUCACUAUAUAUACACCAGAGAACUCAUAUGCAGAAAAGCAUAAGCUUCUUUCUCUACAACACAUAUCCCUUAAAGCUUGUUUUCAACUUCUUGUAAGCACUCUUUCCUUCUUAAAGUUAAAGAGAAGUCAUGGGAUUUCGUUUAUUACCAAUGAUUUCCAGUGCAAUGAAAAUCAACAAACUGCAGUCUGUUCUAACAAGAAAUCAUUUAGAUAUUCCUAAAGGACAUUUUGCAGUUUAUGUUGGUGAGAGAGAGAAGAAACGAUACGUUGUGCCCAUUUCAUAUCUGAAUCAUCCUUCAUUCCAGAACUUAUUGCGGAAAGCAGAAGAAGAGUUUGGAUUUCAUCAUCCAACGGGUGGUCUAACAAUUCCUUGCAAUGAGGAUGAUUUUGUUGAUGUGACUUCUCGAUUGAAUCUAUGAAAUGAAGAACCAUGAAGUAGCAUUCUGAGCUUCAGAUUAGAGCUAGCUUAGAAUUUUUUUAGUUUUUUCAUCUUACUAGGCAAGAGUUGUAAAUGAAAUCUUUAAAUGAAAGCCUUCAAGCAAAGCAUAUAAAUGAAAUCUUUACCAUUAUUUGUUGUCUUUAGAAAAUGGA